AAAAAUGCUAAUUCAUAUAGUCUUUUUAAUUAAAUUUCAAUUCGCCGCCGAUUCGAAACGAUCAUUUAAGCUCGUAAGCACGGAAGUACAGCGCAUGUCGUCGCAUUUACAAAAUUGUGAAAUCGCUCGUUUCGCAACAGCUCCGGCAUUCGUCUCGUGAUCUUCCUCCACAAGCAUAAAAAACACGUUUAUCCCCCUCUACACUUUACAAUCGUCCAAUCAUCGUUCUUUUAGGAGUUCAAAGCAUGUAGACUUUUUCAAAAUGUUCAUAUCUCACAAGGGUUGCAAGAGUCUUCUUACCGCAUAUGCCCUUUUGUGCGUAUUCGAGCCACUUCUGGCGCACAUGUAUAUCCGUAGCCGUGACGCGUUGCACACAAACUCCGCCCUGUGUACACAUACCGUCAACCCACACUAUUUAACCUUGCUCAGUAUAGAGUGUGACGGUGUGAUCACGUAAAAUGCACACACUACGGUAUCGAAGUUGUGUUAGAGCACACAGUGUGUGCCAGCCGUGGUACGGCACCACUGGCGCGCCUCUACCCCGGCUUUAGCAUCGAUUUCCAGUCGGACGACCCAGCGCGAUCGAGCGAACGGUGCGCGCCUUCACGAGGAGGUAUCGAGCGCGUCCGCUGCUCGUGAGAGUCUACGAAGAGGGGUCGCACGAGAAAUAAUACAGUUUGUCGUCAAAACGACAAACGAAUUUCACAACAAUGAAAUAUUAUAUAUAAUAAAAUGCAUUUCAUAUUACUUCCAUUUCUUCGUUUUACGUAUUAGGAAAAAUAGAUCAGAAAUAAAAGAGAGAUAUAUAGAAGGCUAGAAGGAGAGAGAAAGAGAGAGAGGGAAUGAGUGGGAGCGGAUCUAUGUAGAGGGGAGAUAGGGUCGGGCGCUUUAGUGGUGGUGCAGUGUCCCGAGAGGUAAGAGGAAAAGGGGACGAGCAGAAGGCAGCGAAGGCGCUGCCCUCAGUCGGUCGGCCGUUUCACUACAGUCAGUAUACAGUGAGAGCAAACGAUUGGCUAUACGUGGUCUUUGCUUAAGCGCGCACUACACUCCGUGUGUUCCCGUUUUUCGAGUGAAGGCUUCGAGCUUCGUUCUGCCCGCUCUUUCGCUCGCUCGGUCGGUCGGUCGUAAGUAUGCGCGCGCGCACUCACACGCGCUCAACCAAAUAGGCAGACAGUGUGAGGAGUCGUGCAGAGACAGGCGCGCGUACAUAGCCAUCGAACGUGGUGAUUCGUACGAAGGUGGACGUGUGAUAGAGUUAAACCGAGGCCAUUUCUCGCGAAGGAAAAAGACAGCGGCCGUUCAUCGCUGUCCUUGUUGUCUUCAUCAUCAUCACCGUCAUCUUUGUCGUCGAUGAGAUCGUCAACGGGAUUUUGUCGACGCUUCAGCGUGAAAUUUUCCUGCUUGACUCGAAGGUAUAUAAACAAUUAUAUGAGAACCGUCCAUACAGCAAGUCCUGGCAAAUACGAGAAUCAAAAACAAUCGUGAGUAAAUAGAGCGAAAAGGGGGUACGUACCCUUACGGAAGAACUCGCGUGUAUAGUCGCGCGGACGAUUGAAGUACGCUAGAAGCCGUGUGUAUUCCGAGAGUUCUACUGUAGAUGUGUGAGUACGAAGAGUACUAAGAGGUGGGGGAGACAGUCUAUACUUCGCGGACAUCCGGCGGGGAAACCGCAUGUAUUCGUACGAAGCUCUCUGAGAGAGCGAGGGAAAAAAAAGAAGGAUCUGGCGCCGAGGGAAACCCGGGUGCUCUCAAGUGCUCGACAGAGACUUGAGAGGAGAAAGGAGGUUCUUUGCGUUCCGAUUGCCGCGUAUCUUUCACGUUUCCUUUAUUGUCGUAUUUAAAAGAAUAAAAUUGUAAUAUUACUUUUAUAGAAGUUGAUCCUAUUAUUUAUCGUUAUCCCGUAUCGUUGAUCCUCGUGCAUGCGUGCCCGCACGCAACGGUUGAAAUUUUCUGUACAAAUAAUAAGGGUGGUGGAAAAGAGGUGGAAGGACGUGACGGAGAAAGAGAGAGAGGUAUUAAGGGGAAAAGAGAGAAAUCAGAAACACGCCGAGCAGUGCUGCUCCCUAUUGGCGACGUCGAGUCGCGCUCCCCACCCGGGACAGUCGAACGAGGUCCGAAGGCGAGUUCUCGGCGUGCAGCUACGGUGAUUUUCCCUUACGAGAGUGUACGCACGAGACCUCGUAGCUCUGCAACACAUCACGUUCCGUGUAAACAUCUCUGUACGUAUAAUAUAUUGUGACUAGUAUCAAGCUAGAACAUCAUCCUGGAAACGUGAAGAAAUAUAUUUCAAGGAAAUCGAAAAACAGCCAGAAGGAGAAAGAGAUAGAAAGAGACUGGUAGUGAAGUCCGCUUUAUACUCGUGCUAUCGUCGAUAUUUUCUUUCUCACCGAUCAACUGUGUGUGCGCCGAUCGUGAACGCGUCCCACGCGUGUGUCGCGUAUCACCGCCGCCGGUGAAACCGAGAGAAUUCGAACGAGUCAGAGGGUAAAAUAGGAUUUCUCGCGUGGUCGGUCCUCUCCCGUGGCACGCGCGGAGAGGGGUGCACGGAGAAGUGAGAGAGGGAGAAGGAAAGAAAGUGAGACAUCGCUGGACGAAGAUAGAAGAGGAAGGAGAAGAAGAAAGAGGAUAGAGACUCUUGAAAGGGAGCGACAAAGACGUGUAUAGUGCACAUAGGCGUUAGUGCUGCGCCCCAACGGCCGUUCGUCGAAGCUCAGUUAUCACAAUGGCUUCCGUGAAAGACACAGCAACUUUCUUCGCGGAGGGCACAGCGAGUCAGUUCGAACACGUCCUGAAGCUUUAUCCGCAGGCCCUCAGACUUAAGGCUGAUCAUAAGACGAAAAAACCCGAGGAGCUGAUCAAGUUGGAUAACUGGUACCAGAAUGAGCUUCCAAAGAAGAUCAAGUCGCGCGGCAAGGACGCGCACCUCAAUCACGAGGAACUGGUGCAAACGAUGAAAUGGAAGCAAAUACGUGGGAAGUUUUAUCCUCAACUGUCCUAUUUAGUAAAAGUGAACACACCUCGCGCUGUGAUGGCGGAAACGAAAAAGGCGUUCAAAAAACUUCCAAACCUCGAACAAGCCAUUACUGCCCUCUCGAAUUUAAAAGGAGUGGGCACCACGAUGGCAUCGGCUCUAUUAGCAGCAGCAUCACCAGAGAAUGCACCCUUCAUGGCGGACGAAUGUCUGAUGGCAAUACCGGAAAUCGAGGGCAUCGAUUAUACCACCAAGGAGUACCUCAAUUUUGUUCAGCACAUUCAAAAUACCGUGGAGAGGCUGAACAAACAAACGUCGAACGGCAAAACAUGGAGCCCUCACAGGGUGGAGCUCGCUCUGUGGACCCACUACGUGGCGUCCGAGCUGAAGCCAGAGCUGUUGGACGGCAUUCCAGGCUCCACGGAGAACGGCAAUUCCCAUCCGCCCAGCAACGGCGAGGCGACAGAACCGUCGGACGACAGCAAUCAGGAAGCGGCACUGAACGGUAAGGAACUAGGCAGUAUUGAUCCGGCGGCCAUCGACGAGAACAGCAUGACCACGUCCUUCACCGAAGACUCGAUGGAUAAACCAGCUACGCCGAUUACAGCGGCAGUCGCCAGCGAAGAUACAAACGAUUCACUCGCCACGAACGACAACGACGACAGCAACAACACGCCCCGACCGACAGACAGCGAGGACACCGAAGACUCGCAGGACGUCCAGGAGCCGCCCACCAAGAAGAGUAAGAAGUGACCCACCGCCAGCCAGGGAGCCACGAAUACAACAAGCAACAACGUCAGCACCCUCGUGUCGGCCGCCAAUCUAACGCUGAUCGCAGCGAGGCGCUUCUAAAAACCGCCAGGGUCACCGAUCAGGGUCGCGGAUAGUAGACCUGUAGCCUACCAUCGCACCAUCACGAUCGUUUUUUGAUGAUUCUCCUUCGCUCCUGAUCUCUCUCUCUCUCUCUCUUUCUAUUUCUCUAUCUCUCUCUUUCUCUACUAUUUUCCUCCUUCCCAUUUGUACUUGUUCCUAAUUUUUCUUCUUCUAUCUUUUCCCUUUUCCCUCCUGCCCCCUCCCCCUAAGUUAUUUAUCCACAUUAAAUUUGUAAGAUUCUUCUUUGUAUUAUCCCACUCGUCCUUUUUGGGACCGAUUUUUCUUUUUCAUCAUGUUUUAUAAUCCAGUACAUCUUUCUGCUCUUAUCUUAGUAGACUCUCCUGCUAUUGUUUGUAGAAAUUUUCCUCGAGAUCUCGUGUAAAAUAGUGUUACUGCAUAUACGAUGGAAAGCGGAAGUUGUUGUGUGUAAGCACCUUGCUGGUUUUUAGAUUCAUCGGGCUCAAUUGGAGG